UAUUAUUACCUUUCUAAUUGUUAGCUCUUAACCAACUCUUUCAUUAUUGUUAUUAUAAUUAAUAUUUGAUCUGAAACAGACAAAAGUCUGGGAGAGCCCAAGAAUCGUCAAAUGACACCAUAUUGUUCAUAAUUACAUUGAAACAAUCAAAAUUUACCUUAGCCUAAAGGCCUAGAGUCUUUUUGUAAUCAGGCGAAAUGCUUUUAAUUACUACAUCUAAUUGUACCUAGAAAAAAAGAUUAAUUUAAUUGAAGCCAUAAUUUGAAGAGAAACUCUAACAAGUAAACAAUAUGAUGAUGUAUACAUGGUAUAUUUAUUCAUCUGAAUUUAUGCUCAUUUGAAUUGACUUUGAGUGGAUAUUGAAACAGUCAAAAUGUUUAGUUAAAUGUGUCCUGUCAAGAUAUCAAACCAAUCAACUUGUCUAGUUAAAUCCAGAUAUUUUCCUAAAAAUAAUCAAAUUGGAUAAUCUGAAAUAAAACUUCAAACCAAAAUAAUCAACUCAAGUUUCCCAUGGUUUUAUAAGUGAUUUUCAUUGUGUUAACUGCUUCCAUAUGUCAAACCUCUUCUCUUUCCUGAUGAGCUUCACAAUUUUGUAUUUCUUGUAUACUAACCUACCUUGAGACAAAAGGGCCAUUUGUUGAUUCUGUUGUUUCCAGCUCUUCUUUGAUUGUUCAACGUUUCCAGUGAUUACAUCGUUUCGACCAGAAGCUUCAGCCAUAGUUGCACGAUUGCAACCAGUAACACCACCAUCAAAAUCAACAGCAACAUUAGUAACUAAAGAAACAAAGAGUUAACUUUUGAAUCAUCUUUUAUUCGUCUGCUUUGUUAUUCAACUAAAAUGAAUUUAAAAUCUUUUGGUAAAGCUCUUGUGAGACGCAAAAAAAUUGACACUAGUCCCUCUUCGAGUGCUUUAAAUCGAUGUUUGACCACUUUUGAUUUAACGGCUCUUGGAAUUGGAAGUACUCUAGGGCUUGGCAUGUACGUUAUAUCUGGUAAUGUUGCAGGUAAUACUGCUGGUCCAGCGGUUGUUUUUUCAUUCCUCUUUGCUGCCAUUGCCUCGGUACUUGCUGGUUUUUGUUACGCCGAGUUUGGAGCUAGAGUCCCAAAAGCUGGCUCCGCUUAUAUUUACAGUUAUGUUACUGUUGGAGAGUUUAUUGCAUUCGUCAUUGGUUGGAAUAUGCUUCUUGAGUAUGUAAUUGGAGCUGCAACAGUUGCCCGAGGUUAUAGUAAUUAUUUGGAUGUGUUGUUCAACAAAACAAUGUCCUCUCAUUUUAGAAAAUGGAUGCCAAUGGAUGUGCCACAUAUGUCGGAAUAUCCCGAUCUGUUUGCUUUUGUCUUGACAAUUGGGCUAUCCAUUAUGCUUGCUGCUGGAGUGAAAGAAUCAACAAGAUUCAAUGGAAUAUUCACCACCAUUAACCUUUCCAUUGUGACUUUUGUUGUCAUCUGUGGAUCAUUUAAAAUUGACUUUAACAAUUGGGCUCUUGAGCCAGGCAAAGACAAUCUUCCAAAAUCCGCUGGAACCGGUGGUUUCUUUCCCUUUGGUUUUUCAGGAAUGAUGAGUGGAGCGUCCACCUGUUUUUUCAGUUUUGUUGGGUUUGACGUUAUUGCGACAACCGGAGAAGAAGCCAAUAAUCCUCAAAAAUCGAUUCCAAUAGCCAUUGUCCUCUCAUUGUUAGUUUCAUUCUUGGCUUAUUUCGGUGUCUCGGCAAUACAGACAUUAAUUUGUCCCUAUUAUUUGCUGACCGAUGACGCUCCUCUGCCUUUGGCUUUUGAAAUAGCUGGUCUUUCAUUUGCUCGAUGGUUCAUCACCAUUGGUGUUCUUGCUGGACUCUCUGCCAGUCUACUUGGUGCCAUGUUUCCAAUGCCUCGAGUUCUUUACUCAAUGGCAUCUGAUGGACUUAUUUUCCGUUUCUUUGCUCAUAUUCAUCCUCGAACUCAAAGUCCACUGGUUGCUACUCUCACUACAGGACUAUUUGCUGGUCUUAUGGCAGUGUUUUUCAAUGUCGGGGAACUAGCCGACAUGAUGUCUAUUGGAACUCUUCUUGCUUAUACUUUAGUUUCAGUUUCAAUUUUGAUUCUCAGAUACGAACCUUCAAUCGUAUCGAUGAAAUCACAUUUUAACCGCCGUUUCUCAAGUAAAAGUGAUUCUCUUAUUGCUUCUGAAUGCGAGCCACUAACCCAAUCAACAAGUCAAUUCGAUUUAUACGACGUUGAAAAGGAACCAUGUGAUGAUAGUGAAAGAGCAAUUAGUCCCGAAUCAGAUUCUGGGCCGGAAUCGCCAACUCCAUUAACAAACAAUCCUGGUUUCUUACCAGUCAUCAAUAAAUUCAGAAUGAGAGUCUUCAAUUCAGCAGAGAUCACCUUACCUAAUCGUGAAACAUCACUUAUAUCUAAAUUUUUAAUCACCAUCAUAUGUGGAAACAUAACUCUAUUGGAUUUAUUACUCGUCACUCUUGAAAAGAAUCUAAGUCAAUUAGAUAAAAUAUCGCUGAUUGUAGUUGGUGCAUCAUUGGCGUACUUGAUUAGCCUGGUUAUUGCUCUCUACCGACAACCUCAGGCCAACGCCAGCAUCUCAUUUCAGGUACCUUGGGUUCCAUUUAUUCCGAUAAUUUCAAUAUUCAUAAACAUCUAUCUCAUGAUGAAGCUUACAUUCAUAACCUGGAUUCGUUUCGCGGUUUGGUUGCUCAUAGGAUUAUCAAUUUACCUUUUCUAUGGGAUUCGGAAUAGCAAAGAACGGAAAAUUAAUGAUUCAUUUCAAAUUGCUCCAGUUUCUUACAAAUCAAAAGAACCAACAUUGAGCUGAGCUGAAAAUUGAUCAAAACAAAUCUGAUUGUAUCACGUCGUGUACCUUGACUUUGAUGACUUGCUGUUGACUUUUUGAAUGGAUCAAAUGAAAAGUCAUCAAAAAAUUAUGUUGUGAUGUUUUUUACUUCUUAAUCAUCUUAAAUCGCCAUCAUUACAAUCAAAAAUUUAAGAAUCAACUAUUCCAAGAAGAUGACAAUCUUUUCUGUGAGAAUCUAAUUUUGAAUCUGAAUAUCAUACAAUCAGAAUAUGUUGUGCAUUCGUAUACCUUUUUAAUGAUACCCAAUCUAAUUGACUGAUCAACCGAUCAUGUAAUCGAAACAAAUGUAUUAUUUUUUAAGCUCACUUUUUCAUUUAUUUGCUUUUUUUAUUUUUGACCAUUUUAAAAAUGUUGUCCGUAAUGAUUACUGUAAUCAUGAAUUAACUUGUUGACAAUCCAAUGAUUUCAACAGAAAAUUAUUCUUGCUUGUUUACAUAACAUACAUCUGAUCAAAUAUUUCAUUAAAUGAUUUUGACAUAUCGA